AUUUGUGGGUACAAAUCCAACCUUUUCGUGGAAGAAGUUCGCGGCCGCCUCCGUGUCGGAACAAUCUUUGUUCGCCCCUCUUCCGCUAUAUUAACAAAAGCACCGCCUCAGCCUUCGUGUCUUCGAGGAAGAGUCGUCGCCGUCGUCGGAAUCCUCGACGACACUGCUCAGGUCUGUUUCCCCGGCGCUCCCUCCCACCUACUACCUUAACGUCCGGUUCCUUCUCAGUCGGCGCUUGUUCGUCGUUAGAUUCAUUGACUCUUCUGGGCUGUUCGCCCUAUUUUCGAUUUCUUGGAGCCGAAUCUAGUUAUAUCUUGAUUUUGUGAGAUAUAUUAGGGGGUUUCUGAUUCGACCCUCUAGGUUUUCUCGUUGUCUUUGCCCCUUUUGUGGAUCUAGGGUUUCGUGGUCAACACCCGAUUUUUAGGGUUUCUUUGGCCCCUGGUCUAUGGCAGCUGGUCGACAUAGUAGGUACCGAGAUUAUGAGUUCAGGGAUCGCGAGACGCAUGCGAAGCUCUCUAGGAGGAAGGAUUAUUACCGAGAUCGAAUACAUGAUGGUGGUUUCGAUAGGGGCCGCGACCACCCCCACCAUGAUUUGCGUGAUAGGAUUGGGGUUGCUCAAGGAGACAUCCAGAGGAGGGGAGUGAUUAACGGUUUCUAUCGCUCCCCCCUUUCUAGCAGUUCUAGCGGAGGAAGCAAGAAUAGUCAGAAAUUGAACCACCUUUCUGGCAAAGACGUGGAUCGCGAGACUGGGGAGUUGUCCAGUGGCAGCGGAUCAGAUGAUGCGGAAGCACCGAUUUCAAAGAUAAAAGAUAAUGGAACUACAAUUCAUGAGAAUGGGAACUCUUACAUGGAUAACAGGAAGAGAAAACUCUCUCCAAUCAUUUGGGAUAGGAAUGAUAGUAAGCGGUCUGCUGUUGUCACUUCCAGCAGUAAGAGCACCAUGAUUGAGAAUGAUACCCUGCCUCCACCACCUCCACAGCCUCUGGGAUUUGUUCCAUCACAUUCUAUUGACACAGUUCAACGAUCUGGUACAAAUACAUCGCCUUCAGAUGUGGAUAUCUCAGUUGAAUCACCUCAACCACUGUUGGCAAGUAAUUAUCAGGAGGUAAAAUUGUUGGAUGAUUUUGAAGAUGAACCUGCUCCUGCUAGGAGUAUUUCCUUCUCCAGAUGGGCAGACAGGAAUAUUGAUUCUGACGAUGAGGAUGAAAGUCUCAAGGUGGAUGUAGUACCCAAAAAUAAAAAAAAUACCCCAUUAUCUGGUCCAUCAGGGCAGCAUUUGCAUAAGAAAACAGUUAGUCCUGAGCUGGGUGAUGUUAUCAUGGCAGAAAAUUCUGGAGGUAAUUUUUCCAAAUCUUACUCAGGAGAGCAUGAAUAUGAUGGUUUAGAUGCUGAGUUGGAUAGGAAUGAUCAUAUGAGUGCUGCUGGUGGUGAGACUAGUACAAGUGAUCAAAGUUUUGACACUGAUGCUGAGGAUGAAGAUGGUAGGUCUAAGACACCAGAACCAGCACAACCACCUAAAAGAUGUAUAAACAUGCUGCAAGGUUGUAGAAGUGUUGAUGAGUUUGAGAGGCUUAAUAAAAUAGAUGAAGGUACCUAUGGGGUUGUCUAUAGAGCAAAGGAUAAAAAGACGGGGGAGAUAGUGGCAUUGAAAAAAGUUAAAAUGGAAAAGGAGAAGGAGAAGGAGGAGGGCUUUCCUCUUACCUCGCUUAGGGAGAUAAAUAUUUUAUUAUCUUUUCAUCAUCCUUCAAUUGUAGAUGUUAAGGAAGUUGUAGUAGGUAGUGAUUUUGACAAGAUUUUUAUGGUUUUGGAGUAUAUGGAACAUGAUCUAAAAGCACUGAUGGAGACUAUGAAACAACCAUUUAGUCAGAGUGAGGUAAAAUGCUUGAUGUUGCAGCUGCUUUCAGGUGUCAAGUACCUUCAUGACAACUGGGUACUCCAUAGGGAUUUGAAGUCAUCAAAUAUUCUUUUAAACAAUCACGGAGAGCUAAAGAUAUGCGACUUUGGUUUGUCUCGCCAAUAUGGAAGUCCAUUGAAACCUUACACUCCGUUGGUGGUUACAUUGUGGUACAGAGCACCUGAACUUCUACUGGGGGCUAAAGAAUAUUCUACUGCUAUUGACAUGUGGUCUUUAGGGUGCAUAAUGGCAGAACUCCUAUCAAAGGAACCAUUAUUCAGUGGGAAAUCUGAGCGUGAUCAACUUGACAAGAUAUUCAGGACACUUGGUACCCCUAACCAAAGCAUCUGGCCUGGAUUUGCUAAAUUACCUGGUGUUAAAGUAAACUUUGUCAAGCAACCGUAUAAUAAGCUACGUGAAAAGUUUCCUUCCACGUCCUUUAUUGGAGGUCCAACCCUUUCUGAAGCUGGUUUUGAUUUAUUAAACAGACUUUUGACAUACAACCCUGAUAAGCGAAUAACUGCAGAAGCUGCUCUAAAUCAUCCGUGGUUCCAAGAGGUUCCUUUACCAAAGUCAAAAGAAUUCAUGCCUACUUUUCCUGCUCAACAUGCCCAAGAUCGACGUCUAAGAAGAAUAAUGAAGAGCUCAGACCCACUGACAGAGCAGCAGCAGAAGGAACUGCAGCAAGGUGAUCUUGGUCUUUUUACCCUAUUUGGAUAGAGAAUACUUGCAAGGCAUUGCAGUAGUUCACCUAUGUCUUUCUAUCUGAUUUGGCUAGAAGACACCUAAACAACAUUUAUUCGGUAAUACCAUAUGCGUCUCGUGACAUUGUGCGACUUAAUGUCAGACAGCGAUUGAUAAUCUUGUUUAGCAGGCACUUGAUAAAGGAAAGUGUCUCCUUUACCCACCAAAACAACAAUAGUCAUGUCAAGGCCCUUUUUUCCAGCACCAACUAUAUAAAGUGCAUCUUUAAGGUGGGAUGUAUUUAACUUAAACACUUUGAUUAAUUCCCUAUGACAUAUAGCUCAACAUUUGUCUGGAAAAUUGUAACAGCUGCUUCUUAAAAUUCAUAAUAUCAAGCAUUUAUUGAUGUUGAUCAUAUUUCAUUCCGAUAUUUUUGAUUUUUUGUACUGUGUUUGCAAGAGUUGACUAGUCAGAUGCGGUGGGUCAUUGUUUGCUUCUGGUGCACGAGUGCUCUAUACCUCUAUUCUCAGAAAGGUAAUUUAAUUCACUCACUGAUGCUUAAGAUCAGGAGAGCGUAUCACUUUUGCUACAAUAGCCCAAGCUCCUUUACUUAUGUUUCUUGUAGUCUGGUACUUGAAAGGUUUUAUCUAAGCUUCCGUCAGUGGUCCUCUACCAGGGUCUAGUGUGUAUGCAAGUAUUACUGAUAAAAAGAUAUUAUUUAUAACAUGCAAGCUCUCAUCUUGGGCAGAAAACUGAUAUCUUCUAUGGUUAUGGACUUUGGCGUUAUGGAGUUUGACCUUGUGCAGGAAUAUUAGGAGAAUUUUUAGAGACUUCUGCAGAACUUGUUCAGCAGGAAUUUCAGCAAAAAGGAGUACGAGGUAGCUUGCAAAUAAGGUAUUGCUUCAUGCCCCCUUGAUGAUCAUGUCUUUUUGGCCACCUCGGCAUUGCAAAAGAAUCAACGCAGAUUCUCAAACCAAUCUGAAAGGAUACUUGGCAAGUUUUCUGUCUUAUGAUGGAUGUAUCCAUGCUGGCUCCUACGUCCAUUUGCGGCAGGUUGUUUUAAUUUUAGUUGGAUCACGGAAUUUAUUAUCCGAUGUUCAUUUAAUUAGAGGGUUAAGAUAAUGGUGAAAAUUUCAUUUUCAUUAUGCUAAUUAGUUUCACCUUCAGGUGGUGUCAUUUUUUUUUUCAUCUAGUUAUGUUGUAAUUGUAAAAUUUUUAUUCUUAAAGUUUUGAUUGACGAUGAUCUUUGUGAGCC